GAUGGAGGGAGGAGGGGGAAUUCUCCUAAUCCAGGCGCUGAGAUGAAGGAGGCAGCCCCGGGGUGACCACUGUAUCUCUGCUGGACCACUGUGGAGAGGGACCACUCAUGGAGUCCAGAACAACAGUAUAUUGGAAAGAAAUCUAAUUACAGAUUGUGUGGGAGAAGAACACAGGAAGAAUCUGUAGGAUGCAGGCAAAGAAUCCAAGAAGAACCAGGAUUUGGAAAGAAAAAUAGCAAUAUAGCUGAUGACUAUGGUGCACUACGGUCUGACUAAGCCUCCACUGCAGCUGUGGAUCUAGACCUUCAUGAGCUUUAUUGAGUAUUGGCAAUCCAGAUCUCUAGGCCCUCAGGCUCUCUAGAGGAACAUUGUUGGGCAUAGGUAACCAUCUUUGACUUUCCUUCAUGUCUGCCCCCCUCUCGGACUGGCACUAAAUACCAAAAUUCUACAACGGCCCUCAAGUUUCCUAAGGCAGGUCCACCUUUUCAUGGUCACAUACUGGAUCCACACACUGGACUUGUGGCCACUGAAGACUUAGCCACUGAACGAUGGCGGCUGGAGUGGCAACAUGGCUUCCCUUUGCUCGAGCGGCAGCAGUGGGAUGGCUUCCUCUGGCAAAGAGGUCUAUGCCCAAGCCUCCGAGUGACAAGAGAAAGAGAAACGACGAAAUACUGGUGGUCAACGUCAGCGGAAGGAAGUUCCAGACAUGGAAAAACACACUGGACCGCUACCCAGACACCUUGUUAGGAAGCAGCGAGAAGGAAUUCUUUUUCAAUCAGGAGACGCAGGAAUAUUUUUUUGACCGUGAUCCAGAGAUGUUCAGACACAUCCUCAACUUCUACCGAACGGGCAAGUUGCAUUAUCCGCGCCAUGAAUGCAUCCAGGCUUUUGAUGAAGAGCUGUUGUUUUAUGGCAUCAUACCUGAGAUCAUCGGAGAUUGUUGUCUGGAAGAAUAUCGUGACCGGAAAAAGGAAAAUCUGGAGAGGCUAGCGGAGGAUACAGAGGCGGAAACCGCUCAUGAUGCCCCUCUACCCCCUGAUAGUACUUUCCGGGAGAGACUGUGGAGGGCCUUUGAGAACCCUCACACCAGCACUAUGGCUCUCGUUUUCUACUAUGUUACUGGUUUCUUCAUUGCCGUCUCAGUGAUUGCAAAUGUAGUGGAAACGGUGCCUUGUCGUCCACCACCCGGGCGCCUUAAGGAUCUGCCCUGUGGGGAAAAGUACCUGACAGCCUUUGACUGCAUGGAUACAGCCUGUGUCCUUAUUUUCACCUUUGAGUACCUCAUGAGACUAUUUGCAGCCCCAUGCCGUUGUAAGUUUAUGCGUAGUGUUAUGAGUAUCAUUGACGUGGUGGCCAUAAUGCCCUACUACAUACAGCUGGUCAUGCCAGAGAACGAUAUGAGUGGUGCCUUUGUCACAUUACGUGUUUUUCGAGUCUUCCGGAUCUUCAAAUUCUCCCGCCACUCCCAAGGACUACGGAUUCUCGGGUACACCUUGAAGAGCUGCGCCUCAGAGCUUGGCUUUCUCCUCUUCUCCUUGACCAUGGCCAUCAUCAUCUUCGCCACUGUGAUGUUCUAUGCAGAGAAGGGGACGAGCAAGACGAAGUUCACUAGCAUUCCUGCUGCCUUCUGGUACACAAUUGUUACUAUGACAACACUAGGGUAUGGAGACAUGGUACCAGACACCAUAGCCGGCAAAAUCUUUGGCUCCAUCUGCUCCCUCAGCGGAGUGCUGGUUAUUGCACUACCGGUCCCCGUCAUCGUAUCCAACUUUAGCCGGAUUUAUCACCAAAACCAGAGGGCCGACAAGCGCCGGGCACAGCAGAAAAUCCGAUUGGCCAGAAUUAGACUGGCAAAGAGCAACACAACCAACGCGUUCCUGCGCUACAAAGAGAGUGGGGGCCUAGAGGAGAACACCGAAAUGCAUGCCCUUUGCGUGAAGAACCGCUCAGCCUUUGAGCUCCAGCAUCACCAUCUCCUUCACUGUCUGGAGAAGACCACGUGCCAUGAAUUCACAGAUGAGCAUACCUACAGCGAGGCUCUCAUGACCGAGUCCAUCGGGUACCGGACAAGCCGCAGCACCUCCGUCUCCUCCCAGCAGGGUCUGACCACGUCCUGCUGCCCGCGACGAGCCAAGCGCCGUGCCAUACGACUUGCUAACUCCACUGUCUCGGUCAGUCGUGGCAGCAUGCAAGAGCUGGACACCCUGCAUGUACAGAAGGGUCUCAGCCAGAGUCGUUCCAGUCUCAACGCCAAAACCCACGGGAACAUGAAGCUGAACUGCGAGACGUCCGACCUAACGGCGGCCAUUAUAAGCAUUCCCACGCCGCCCGCCAACACCCCGGAUGAGCCCUCAUCGCCGAACGCCGGCAUCAUGAGGAAUUCCAGCGUUACCGCCAGAUACUACCAGGAGACUGUCAGGAUUUCCAGCUUGUAGGGUCUGGUAUAACCCCGGGACGUCUCCAGACACACUGUGACACCACACAGACAAGAAACACCUCACGUCAACCAUAUAUACCAGACAAUCAACCCAUCUCCACGUGGACAGCAGAACCAAUGCAAAAGCCAUCGCACGACCACACACACACAAACCCCGCUGCUACCGCACAACACCACUACGUACACUACAGACAGCAAGCUUCCCACAUUCAAAACAGCACAACUUUAAUCGUCUCCAUUGCCCAUAACAUCUUCAUGCACAUCGCCACGGCCACCGAAGCACCCUCGAUUAACGGCAACAGAAUGAAAAGGGUUAAAGGAAACGGCAUAUUAAAAGCACACAUAAUGUUUACUGUGUAAUGUACGGGGUGGUAGUGACCAUAGUGAACCAUGGUGAACAUAGUCCAGACCGUGAUGAUUUGUAUAAAAGUCUUGGAGGCUCUGACCACCAUGCUGAAAAAGCAGAUUGACAAGCAUAGUUCCCUAGAAGUGACCCAGGGCGGUGGGAAAGGACCCUCAACGGAGGUAAGACAUGGCAGUGCCAGGGUCAGUCAUACUGGAUGAGUACCACCAUGGACCAUACACCCUGUUAUCACAUCAAGAAGGGUCAAGGCAACUCAUAGGGUGUCAAAACCUUCACAGAGACUUAGGGUCAGGUUUAUGAGGUCAUUCUAGGCCAUCACAGAUACAGAAGGUCUGGAAAGGGGUAUAAAAAUCUUCAAAUAAUGGGGUGUCAGAAGCAUCACAGGUCAUGGAGGUCAGGUAAUGGGGUGUCAGAACCAUCACAGGUCAUGAAGGUCAGGUAAUGGGGUGUCAGAACCAUCACAGGUCAUGAAGGUCAGGUAAUGGGGUGUCAGAACCAUCACAGGUCAUGGAGGUCAGGUAAUGGGGUGUCAGAACCAUCAGAGGUCAUGAAGGUCAGGUAAUGGGGUGUCAGAAGCAUCACAGGUCAUGGAGGUCAGGUAAUGGGGUGUCAGAACCAUCACAGAUCAUGGAGGUCAGGUAAUGGGGUGUCAAAAGCAUCACAGGUCAUGGAGGUCAGAUAAUGGGGUGUCAGAACCAUCAGAGGUCAUGAAGGUCAGGUAAUGGGGUGUCAAAAGCAUCACAGGUCAUGGAGGUCAGAUAAUGGGGUGUCAGAACCAUCAGAGGUCAUGAAGGUCAGGUAAUGGGGUGUCAAAAGCAUCACAGGUCAUGAAGGUCAGGUAAUGGGGUGUCAAAAGCAUCACAGGUCAUGGAGGUCAGGUAAUGGGGUGUUAGAACCAUCAGAGGUCAUGGAGGUCAGGUAAUGUGGUGUCAGAAGCAUCACAGGUCAUGAAGGUCAGGUAAUGGGGUGUCAGAAGCAUCAGAGGUCAUGAAGGUCAGGUAAUGGGGUGUCAGAACCAUCACAGGUCAUGGAGGUCAGGUAAUGGGGUGUCAGAAGCAUCAGAGGUCAUGAAGGUCAGGUAAUGGCGUGUCAGAACCAUUACAAGUCACCCAAGUCACGUUAAGGGGUAACAUACAAAACUUCUUAGAUAAAGAGGGUCUGGUAAUAGGAUGUUGUUUGACUUAAAACCAUCAGUGAUAGAGGUCAGGUAAUGGGGUGUCAGAACCAUCGCAGGUCAUGAAGGUCAGGUAAUGGGGUGUCAGAACCAUUACAGGUCAUGAAGGUCAGGUAAUGGGGUGUCAGAACCAUCGCAGGUCAUGAAGGUCAGGUAAUGGGGUGUCAGAACCAUUACAGGUCAUGAAGGUCAGGUAAUGGGGUGUCAGAACCAUCACAGGUCAUGAAGGUCAGGUAAUGGGGUGUCAGAACCAUCACAGGUCAUGAAGGUCAGGUAAUGGGGUGUCAGAACCAUCACAGGUCAUGAAGGUCAGGUAAUGGGGUGUCAGAACCAUCACAGGUCAUGAAGGUCAGGUAAUGGAGUAACAUUGAAACGUCUUAGAUGCGGAGGGUAUAGUAUUAGAGAGUCGUGGCCUUUACAAGGUCCCUAAGGUCUGGUUACAGUUUAACUUAGAACCAUCUCAGUCCGGAAAUGGGGUGUCAGAACCAUCACAGGUCAAGAAGGUCAGGUUCAUAAAUUCAAAAAGUAAAGUAAUAGGUUGUCAGGUUAUUAGGUAAUUUAGAACCUUCUUAGAUAUAGAAGGUCAGAUAAUGGGGUAUCAGAAGCUUCAUGGGACAUAGAGAUCAGGUUAAGGGGUAGAUACAGAAGGUCAGAUAACAGGGUGUCAGGGCCUUUAUAAGAUCAUUAGGUCAGGUUAUGGGGUAACUUAAAACCUUAGAUACAAAGGGACUAGUAAUAGGAUGUCAUGGCCUUUGCAAGAUCUUAUGGGGUACCUUAGAAGGAUCACAGGUACAAAGGGUCAUGUUAUGAGGUAUCAGAUGUUUCACAGGUCAUGAAGGUCAGGUUAUGGGGUAACUUACAACCAUCACAGGUGCCAAAGGUCAGGUAAUGGAGUAUUAAAUAAAGGUCAUGAAGGUUAAAGGGUAAUACAGAGAAGCAGAUAAUGGGGUGUCCGGGCCUCUGCAAGAUUCUUAGGUCAGGUUAUUGGGUAACUUAAAACCUUUUUAGAUGCAGAUGGUCAGAUAAUGGGGCACAGGACCUUAUAAGAACCAUCAAACAUAGAGGGGGAUCUGUGUGUAUGGAUAUGUGUAUGGGAAGGUUUCAUCUUCAUCGCUCAUUCUAUCUACACUCAGAUUCUUCUUCACUCUCAUCCCUAUCCAAGGGACGGACAAUAUACUAGGGGGUCACUCAGGCCGCACCAGGAGCCCCUGUGACUUUUUCUAGUAGGCCGCCAAUAAGAACCUUCAUAGGAGCAGUAGAAGUUAUGCAGUCCCGUUGGUUACCUGGCUACUGGGAUUUGUCUAGCCUUAUCCUACAUCACCAAUCCAUCACACAGACCAUGUAUACUGCACACACACCGCCACACACACACACACACACCCUCACACUGCACACACACAACCUUGGUUUCCACUGGAUGGACAAUUCUGUAGUCUAGAGUAAUGCACAAAAUGAGAGGAAAUCUAUGCACAUAUUAUUCUCUAAACAUAUAUAUAAUCGCUGGGGGAGGGGGGUCCUUGCAUUUGGAACUGAGACACAUUGCACACCUGUGUGUACGGAACCCGGGAUGGACAUGUAUGUACAGACCUGUAGAUAUCGAUACUUGUAUAGCGCAGUACACUUCUAUAGAGGGGCAAUGUAUAAGGUCUACAUGCACAGAGCUAUGUACGGUAUAUUUAUGCACAGCCAUAUAAUUAUAUAUAUAUAUAUAUAUAUAUAUAUAUAUAUAUAUAUAUAUAAAAUCUCCACACGUAUGCACAACACAGAUCGGUAGUCACAGCCAUGUAUAUGACUAUGCAGAGCCCCCGUGGAUGUAUGCACAGCAUUGUAUAUGUUGAUAUGUAUGUGUGUAUAUAUAUAUAUAUAUAUAUGUACAGCACUGUAUAAAUGGAGGGGCAAUGUGUUCCAGGGUCUACGAUGCAGCGCAGGUUAAGGUGUUGGUUAGGCGACUAUGCAUAAUAUAGCUGGGUGGUGGGCCGCAACCCCCUACGACUGUGCUUCCCAACCAGGGUGCCCCCGGCUGUUGCAAAACUACAACUCCCAGCAUGCCCGGACAGCCGUUGGCUGUCCGGGCAUGCUGGGAGUUGUAGUUUUGCAUCAUCUUGAGGUCCCUUGGCUUGGUUAGUCGUGAAAAAUGUCCAAAAAAGCGUCACAGAUUGGGCCGAAUAAAGUUUAUUGAAAACUGCAUGUUGUAGUUUAGCAACAGCUGGAGGCACCCUGGUUGGGAAGCACUGCCCUACAAAGAAAGGGGAUGAUUCGGUAAGAGCUUUUGACUCAGGGACACACAGAUUUUCUUCUUCCUUUCUCGUCGGCCUUCACUUUUAAGGCCUUGCAGACUACAACACGUCUGAUCCUUGCAACCAGUGACCACUGCAUGCCACCAGCCCCACUGUGCUGCCCGCCCACCGCCCGCGAGGACCAUCCGAAUGUGACGGCGAGGAGCACACCACUCCACCCCUUAAAGGGGCACUCCACUGCCCCAACAUUUUGUUCCGAGCGCUGGGUGCGGGCUGCGGGGUUGUGACGUCACGGCCACACCCCUUGUGAUGUCACGCCAUGCCCCCUCAAUUCAAGUCUAUGGGAUGGGGCGUGGCAACUGUGGCGUGAAGCCACGACCCCCGCAGCCCGCACCCAGCGUUCGGAACAAAAAGUGGAGUACCCCUUUAAAUGUAUUUUUUUUUCUUCUCUUUUGAAAGAAGCGAUGCCAUUGUGCGAUUCUUGCUGAGGUUCAUUGUGUGAUUGUUGUACAAUCAUUGUGUGGCCAAAGACAGCAAAAUCAGGUCGCACGUGUAAGUCUGCGGCCAUACAGUGGGGUGAUGCCAGGGUGUAUUUUGGGUGGUGACGGCGCCAUCUGCAGGCUCGCAAUGGGCAUUACAAGGGCCGUUCUAUGCAUGUUGUGACUUUCAUAUAUGCACAUGUGGGCACAAUUCACACACAGCCAUAUGUGAGGGUGUAGGGGGGCGGGGGAGGGGGUAUGUAUGGGUAUUAUGCGCUUGACUAGGUACCGUUCUAGGUACCUGUCCACAUGGUCCUGAUGUACAAGACCUGGGGCGAAUAUUUGGAUUGUUUUUGGUUUUUUUUCAUUGUAUUGCUUCUAGUUAGAGUAUUACACAGACUGUUACAUAUGUGUGUUCUGACAGUCUAUACCGCAUUAUGGCGGGGUCACAUAAUACCCAGCUCUGUCCAGGUCCACACUCAACGCUUCUCUACUCCUGCAAAACUCCCAUCUGAAGAGCUUCACUCCCCCUGAUCCGUGCUAUCUGCAGAACGUCUCUACAGAUUACAGUGCUAUCUACAGAAUGUCUCUACUGCUUACAGUGCUAUCUGCAGAAGGUCUCUACUGCUUACAGUGCUAUCUGCAGAAUGUCUCUACUGCUUACAGUGCUAUCUGCAGAACGUCUCUACUGCUUACAGUGCUAUCUGCAGAAGGUCUCUACUGCUUACAGUGCUAUCUGCAGAAUGUCUCUACUGCUUACAGUGCUAUCUGCAGAACGUCUCUACAGAUUACAAUGCUAUCUGCAGAAGGUCUCUACUGCUUACAGUGCUAGCUGCAGAAUAUCUCUACUGCUUACAUUGCUAUCUGCAGAAGGUCUCUACUGCUUACAGUGCUAUCUGCAGAAUGUCUCUACUGCUUACAGUGCUAUCUGCAGAAGGUCUCUACUGCUUACAGUGCUAUCUGCAGAAGGUCCGAAUAUGACUACUUACUUUCAGUGCUAUCUGCAGAAUGUAUCUACUAAUUACAGUGCUAACUGCAGAAUGUCACUAUUUUACUGCUAUCUGCAGAAUGUUGCUAUUGGUUUCAGUGCUAUCUGCAGCGUGUCACUAUUUCAGUGCUAUCUGCAGCGUGUCACUAUUUCAGCGCUAUCUGCAGCGUGUCACUAUUUCAGCGCUAUCUGCAGCGUGUCACUAUUUCAGCGCUAUCUGCAGCGUGUCACUAUUUUAGUGCUAUCUGCAGCGUGUCACUAUUUCAGUGCUAUCUGCAGCGUGUCACUAAUUCAGUGCUAUCUGCAGCGUGUCACUAUUUUAGUACUAUCUGCAGCGUGUCACUAUUUUAGUGCUAUCUGCAGCGUGUCACUAUUUUAGUGCUAUCUGCAGCGUGUCACUAUUUUAGUGCUAUCUGCAGCGUGUCACUAUUUUAUUGCUAUCUGCAGCGUGUCACUAUUUUAGUACUAUCUGCAGCGUGUCACUAUUUUAGUGCUAUCCGCAGCGUGUCACUAUUUUAGUGCUAUCCGCAGCGUGUCACUAUUUUAGUGCUAUCCGCAGCGUGUCACUAUUUUAGUACUAUCCGCAGCGUGUCACUAUUUCAGUGCUAUCUGCAGCGUGUCACUAUUUUAGUACUAUCCGCAGCGUGUCACUAUUUUAGUGCUAUCUGCAGCGUGUCACUAUUUUAGUGCUAUCUGCAGCGUGUCACUAUUUUAGUGCUAUCUGCAGCGUGUCACUAUUUUAGUACUAUCUGCAGCGUGUCACUAUUUUAGUACUAUCUGCAGCGUGUCACUAUUUUAGUACUAUCUGCAGCGUGUCACUAUUUUAGUGCUAUCUGCAGCGCGUCACUAUUUUAGGACUAUCUGCAGCGUGUCACUAUUUUAGGACUAUCUGCAGCGUGUCACUAUUUUAGUGCUAUCCGCAGCGUGUCACUAUUUUAGUGCUAUCUGCAGCGUGUCACUAUUUUAGUGCUAUCUGCAGCGUGUCACUAUUUUAGCACUAUCUGCAGCGUGUCACUAUUUCAGUGCUAUCUGCAGCGUGUCACUAUUUUAGCACUAUCUGCAGCGUGUCACUAUUUUAGUACUAUCUGCAGCGUGUCACUAUUUUAGUACUAUCUGCAGUGUGUCACUAUUUUAGUGCUAUCUGCAGCGUGUCACUAUUUUAGUACUAUCUGCAGCGUGUCACUAUUUUAGUACUAUCUGCAGCGUGUCACUAUUUUAGUGCUAUCUGCAGCGUGUCACUAUUUUAGUACUAUCUGCAGCGUGUCACUAUUUUAGUACUAUCUGCAGCGUGUCACUAUUUUAGUGCUAUCUGCAGCGCGUCACUAUUUUAGUGCUAUCCGCAGCGUGUCACUAUUUUAGUGCUAUCUGCAGCGUGUCACUAUUUUAGCGCUAUCUGCAGCGUGUCACUAUUUUAGUGCUAUCUGCAGCGUGUCACUAUUUUAGUGCUAUCUGCAGAAUGUCGCUACUACUUUCAGUGCUAUCUGCAGAAUGUCGCUAUUGUUUUCAGUAUUACCUGCAGAGCAUUGCACUCCUGUAAUAAUCAGCUGGCUCCUGGCUCUAUACAGCAUCUGCAGUGAUGUUCACGCUGUCCAUGGUAGCUAAAGAUUAUCCUCUGUGCUACCUUCUACUGCUGCAGAGCAUUGCAUCCUCUGUCCAUGACAUCUGACUGUUGCUCUCAGCGCCCAUUGACUCCCUGAUACGCAGAGCAUUACUUCCCUCCCUCCGUAAUUUUUGCAGAACGUUGUUUUCGAUACUUGCUGAACAUUGCUCCUCUUAAGCCAGCCAUACACAUUAGAUAGCGAUCGAUCAUGAAAGCUAUUCCUCCGCAAACACAUGCAUGCUUAUCUCAUCUGAGCGUGCACGUGUUUUCAAUACGGAGAGGUAAAAAAAUAAAAAAAAAGCUGCUGCAAAACUACAACUCCCAGCAUGCCCAGAAAGCAAAUGGCUGUUCCCAAACACGUGCAUGCUUAUCUCAUCUGAGUGUGCACGUGUUUUCAAUACAGAGAGGAAAAAAAAAAAAAAAAAAAAAAAAAAAAAGCUGCUGCAAAACUACAACUCCCAGCAUGCCCAGACAGCAAAUGGCUGUUCCCAAACACGUGCAUGCUUAUCUCAUCUGAGUGUGCACGUGUUUUCAAUACGGAGAGGUUAAAAAAAAAAAAAAAAAAAAAGCUGC